UGCUUCAUAAUUGGUGGACGAAGUACCAUACAAAAUGACGACCUGUAGUCUCCUACAGUUUGUAGCUAAAAUUAUAACAUUACAUAUUUUAAUAAGUAAUUCUACUUGUGGCGCGUAUGGUCAUAGUAGCUACACUAGACUACCACGCAGCAUCAGCUGUGUUCUUCCACAACACCCACAAUUUGGUAAUUGGACCAUUUACAACUCCCUUUCCCAGUUGCUCCCUGGGACGUUGGUACCAGAACAAACAGUCUUAGAAACAAGUUGCCAGAAGGGUUUCAAAUUAGACGGUGAAGACAUCACUGCUUGUAUCCGGGGGACAUGGAAACCCAAAAUUGGACAGUGCUUGCGGACCUGCCCCACCAUAAACAGCAGCUUGGCAAUGAGAGUGACUUGCAGCCGUAACAACCAAACACUAGAAUCUUGUGCUAACGUUUUUGAUGGCACAGUUGCGUCCUUUCACUGUGCCGACUAUUUCGAGUUCCAGACUCCGGACCAAGAAGCGACACAAUGGUGCUCGAACGGAAACUGGGUUGGGAGUUUACCCACGUGCGUACCCAUUUGCGGCCAGUCAUCGCCUACAGCAGAUCCUACAUUAAUUGUUGGUGGAAAGAAAGCAAAAAGAGGUAAAUACCCAUGGCAUGUCGCUUUAUAUGACGCUCAGAGCAAAACUUUGCUUUGUGGUGGAACCCUAUUAAAUCAAAGAGUCGUCUUAACAGCGGCACACUGCAUUACAAACGUUGAAGCUCACCUACAACCAAAAGAGAAAUAUAUAGUAGCAGCUGGAAAAUAUUUUCGCCAGUAUAAUCAUACUGAUGAUGCUGACAGCACACAGUUUUCCUCUGUAAUUGAAAUGUUUAUUCCGUAUCAGUACAGAGGACACGCUCGACAUUAUGCUGGAGACAUUGCCCUUAUUGUUACGAGUAAAAUAUUUAAUCUUACUAUCAACGUUAGACCCAUAUGUAUUAUAUGGCAGAUGACACGUUAUAAAGAGCUAUUAGAUCCUACUAAAACGAUGCGUGCUUAUGUCACCGGAUGGGGUUUUACUCGUGAGUUCACAGAUCGUCCUGAUGUUCUUAACGAAUUAGAAGUUCCUCUCAUUACUGAUCAGAAGUGCAUUGAGGAACUACCCGAAGACGACAUACAAUAUGUGACUGACGAUAAAUUCUGUGCUGGCUUUUUAAAUUCUAGUACUUCUGUGUGCAAAGGCGACAGUGGUGGAGGUUUGGUAAUUAAACGCAAUAAACGUUACUACAUCAUUGGAAUUGUUAGUCUUUCACCUCGGGGAGCCACAAAACAUGGUGGUUGCAAUAGUCAGCUCUAUACUCUUUACAUUAAAUUGUCUUUCUACCUUGACGAUUUUGUGCUCGAGAAAGAAGCCAAAUUUAGGCCACGUUUUGACUGUGGAGCCAUUUCUGACUGUAACAAUAUUGUAUUCAGUACAGAGUCGCCAUCAACAAGAGUGAUAGUUACAAAUACGUCUGAUGGGUAAAAUACACUUCCUUUUCAAGGAACAGAUUUUACAGUUCUAGGAAUUUUGUUUAAAUAGUGGCUGCAUUUUACCAAACCAUCCAGAAUUUGGCAAAUGGUUUGUUACUGGAUCAAAA